UGAAUGAUAUUCUUUUCAUUUCAAGUAAAACGCACAGUAAAAAAAAAUAUAGAUACAAUUUCUAAAAUGGAUGAAGAAUUCAAUAAGGAAGCACCUGCCUAUACCUUACAAAAUUCCGCCGAAGCAUUGAUUUCUCUUCAGCUAUCAGAUUUUAAAACAAGUUUUCUGGAGGCAGUAGAAGAAUUGCGUAUGAGAAGGGAAACUGAAAGUCAAUAUGAGGAACAAAUUAGCAAAUUUGUUGUUGAAGUACAGGAGCUUGAGUGGCAAAAGAUAGCUCUUCAGCAUCAUAAAGAAGCAUUAAACAAACAGCAUACAGAAGCCAUGACAGCUUUUAAAAAACAGUUCCAAUUAAGACUAUUUGCUGCAGAAGAAGAAAAGGGAAAAUGUUUACUUGCUAUGGAAUCAAAAGAAAGAGAAAUGGAAGGGCUGAAAGAAACAUUAAAAAUGUUACAGAUUUCAAAAUACUCUUUGCAAAAGAAGCUUAACGAAAUGGAACAAAAGUUGCAAUUACACGUAUUAGCAAAGGAGGACCAUCAGAAGAGUCUGAACGAAGUUGAAAAAUGCCAUACAGUUAUCACAUGUCAGCUGAGAAAAAUAAAAGAUGCUCACACGAGAUUAGAGCAGAAUGUUGUGGAAGCAAUUCAACUCAAUAAGAAAUUGAGAGCAGUGAACGCAAGACAAAAGUCUGAGAUAGAUAACCUAAAAGAGGAGCUAAAGAAAGUUACAGCAGACUUGAUAAGGUCCAAUGUCAGUUGUCAGCACAGAGUGGGAGAUGAAAAUCUCAAUCUUACAGCAAAGGAAUGGGAGUUGAAAGAGCUACAGCAAAAAUAUUCAAUGGAGAGAGAAUUUAAUAUAAGACUCACUGAAGAAAAUGCACAACUUAAGGAAGAAAAACAGGAAAUGAUUGCGUCUCUACAACAUAUGCAGCAACUGCUCUGCAGACAAACUGAAGCUAAUGCCAGAAUGUCAUUGAAUGAACUAGAAGAAGCAUGUCAGACCCUUGAAAGAGAUAAUGAGCUGCAAAGGGAGAAGGCAAAAGAAAAUGAAGAAAAGUUCUUUAAUCUUCAGAAUGAAUAUGAGAAAACACAAGCAACUUGGAAAAACGAAGCUGCCGAGACAGGUUAUGAAAAUCAAAUGCAUACAAGCCAAACAGGAAACAAAUAUACACAAAAAUCAAAAGAAGUUUCUAAUAAUCUUGAAAAAGGAGACAUUGGAUUAAAAACUACUCAGUCUUUGAAUUUGGAUGAAAUAAAAGCAAAGCAAAGCAAUACUGGUAUAAACACAGGGGAAGAGAAGUCAGUUAAUGUUGAAGAUUUGGAUUGUCUUGAGAAUAUUAUGAAUGAAGACAAUGUAGUUUGCCAUUUCAAUAAAAAUCGAAAGGAGGCUUCUCCAGGCAAAGUUAUCUGCACAGCUCAUUUCAUUAGUCCAGAACUAACUUGUGGGUCAGGUGUUGCUGGGUGUGGAGCAACAGCUGCCGAAGGAAAAGAAGACAGAAAGGAAUUUGAUAAAAUACAGACAAGGAUAGAAGUAAACUCCUCAAACAGUUGCUAUUCCUUGGUGGAAGAACCCAAGAUGCUCUUAGAAAGCACUGCAGCUUUGGAUUGUUCUACUCCAGAUACUGAUCAUUGGACUAAACUCAAUGAGCAUCUCGAGAGCAAUGGAAGGAAUAAAUUUAUUUCUGAGAUAAAUGAAAAUAUUAACAAUGCAUCCCAUGAGGGAGAUUCUUCCACAAAUAAGGCACUCACUGAAAAAUCCAUAGUUCAGGAUAUUGCCACUAGUGAGGAAAUUACAAAUGGACUCUUGAAGACUGAAAUUAGUUCCAUCUUGUCACAAAAGUUGGAGAAUAAUUACACAAACCUGCACAAUGUGUGCGUUGAUAAAUAUGAUUACAUUUGUAAAGAAACACCAAGUCAGAGCUCCAGUUCCACAAUUUCCAAUAUUUUUUUAUGUAAAGAGAGUAAUACUAAUCCUGAAGAAAUACAUAGUGAUAAUGCAGGCGAAAACAACAAAUGCUGUGAACAAAGCACACAAGAGAAAAUUCCACCUUCACCUGCUUCCUCAAAUGACAAUUUAGGUGUAAAUACUCUGAUUACCACUGAUGGGAACAUGAAUCAUCUGCCUCUAAUUAUGAAUUUUAAUUUAAAUGCUGAAAACUCAUCUAAUUAUAUAAAUGAAAUAUCAAGCAGACAAUCUGAUAAAGAUGAUUCCAUACUGACAGAAGUCACAGAAAAGUCACCUGAAAGUACAAACGAGUCUUUGUCUCUUAACACUGAAAAUGUAUGUGAAUCUCAGAUUGAAGGUUUGAAAGUUAAUAAAUUUGCAGAAGAUGAACAAAAGGAAUUGCAUAUAUCCAAAGCUACAGGUGAACAAUCCAUUGUGGUUUGUGAGAAACAGGGCAUACAAAUAAAAGAAAGGGAAGAGCCAUCAAGUACUCCGGACACAAGGGAAAUGGUUGUGAAAGGAAACACAGAAGAAUCAUGUUCCUUAUCCAUAAAGACAAGAGAAGAUUUAGUAAACAGAAGUGGAUGGCCACCCUUUGACACCCCAACUAUGGAUAAAAAAGCAAAAAAAACUUCAGCAGACUUAAAUUUACCAAGGGUAUGUGAAGGUGAAAUUCAAACAGUUUGCAAUUCAACUUUGAAAAAGGUUCCGUCUUUGAAAGAAAAGCUACUUUUGCAAGAAGUUAAAAAACAAAGUUCAUGGGAAGUAGAGCAGACUAUGAAUAUGAAUGCUGCUGUAAGAGAAGAUACGUUAGUUUCUACCCACAGUAAUGGAAUUGCUGACACUUUGAAUACCGGAAGUAUCAAUCCAGGCCCCAAGAGAAAUCCCAGUGAAGAAUGGAAUGCAAUAGUAAAGACUUUUUAUGAUCCCUCUUUUCCCACAGAACACGUCACAACAGAGUGCCCAUUAGGACAACAGAAGACUUCUCAACCACUCUCAGAAGUCAGUGCACCUAUUUUAAAACAGAGCUCACAGAACACUGAAGAAAAAGACUGGAAAUCACAAAAUGUCUUCAUAAAAACACGAAUUGACAAUAUUGAAAGGUUUCUGCAUUUAAAAAGUUUUGGCCACCCAAGAAAGAGAAAGUAUGAAGAAGAUACAGAAAAAACAUUGACAGCAGAUAAAGCAGAAGCAUAAUGUAAUAGUUUUGAUAAAGUCUUUGACUGGUGAUAUAUGAGCAAAUGUCAUGUAUUAAGAAAACUGCUUUCAUUUCUGCAGGUUUGUCUACCUUAGUUUUUAAAAAAGAAUACUUUAGAAUAGCUAUUUCAUUUGAAAGUUACCAAUUUAAAGGUCAGAAAAUACACUUAUAAAAAUCAUAUGACCAUCCUACCUCUUUAUGCCAGAAUAUAAGAUCUUAUGAUUAUAAAACAGAACAGGGGAACAGGAUUCAUUCUUGUUUAAAGUUUAUUGCUUUAUCAGCCUGUAGUUCAAGUUAUUUUAUGUAUUCUAGCCAAUUAGAUAUUUUCAAUAAAAAGUUCACAAAAUUAA